UGUAUAUUUAAAAAGCAGAAAUGACUGUGUUUUCUCUUGGAACUUACUGAGGUUGAACAUACUGCAAGAUCAUGACCAGCUUGAAGCGGUCCCAGACCGAAAGGGCUGUUGCCACUGGGGUAUCGGUAGGAACAGAUGGCACCUCGAAAGUCCACUCGGAUGACUUUUACAUGAGGCGCUUUAGGUCACAGAAUGGCAGCUUGGGAUCUGCAGUCAUGGCACCGGUUGGACCUCCUCGCAAUGAAAGUUCCCAUCACAUUACCUCUACUCCUGGAGUCCCUAAAAUGGGGGUCAGGGCAAGGAUUGCUGACUGGCCCCCAAGGAAGGAGAACAUCAAGGAAGCAAGCAGAUCUAGUCAAGAUAUUGAGACAUCGAGUUGCCUUGACAGCAUGUCUUCUAAAAGCAGUCCUGGGAGUCAGGGAAGCUCUGUUAACCUGAAUGCUAGUGAUUCAGUCAUGUUAAAGAGCAUCCAGAGCACACUUAAAAGCAAGACCAGACAAUCUGAGAAUCUAGACUCCAGGUUUCUUACACCUGAUGGCUAUCCCAGUUCUCCAAGGAAAGCUCUUCGCAGAAUAAGACAGCGCAGCAACAGUGAUAUUACCAUAAGUGAGCUUGAUGUGGAUAGUUUUGAUGAAUGUAUUUCACCCACUUUUAAAUCUGGACCAUCUCUGCACAGGGAGUAUGGCAGCACAUCUUCCAUAGAUAAGCAGGGAACUUCAGGGGAAAGUUUUUUUGACUUACUGAAGGGCUAUAAAGAUGAGAAGUCUGACCAGAGAAGCCCAGCCACAACUAAGCUCAGUGAACUCCUGAUUGCCAGUGGAAGCAAGGGUUCAGGAUUCUCUCUAGAUGUGAUAGAUGGACCUAUUACUCAAAGGGAAAACCUGAGACUCUUUAAGGAAAGGGAGAAGCCACUCAAGAGACGCUCAAAAUCAGAGACGGGAGACUCAUCCAUUUUUCGUAAGCUGCGCAAUGCCAAAGGUGAAGGGGAGCUUGGGAAGUCCUCAGAUCUUGAGGAUAACAGGUCAGAAGAUAGUGUCAAACCUUGGACUUGUCCAAAGUGUUUUGCUCAUUAUGAUGUACAGAGUAUUUUAUUUGAUUUAAAUGAAGCGGCAAUCAACAGGCAUAAUGUUAUUAAAAGAAGGAACACAACCACAGGUGCAUCUGCUGCUGCUGUAGCAUCACUUGUCUCUGGACCCUUGUCCCAUUCUGCAAGUUUCAAUUCUCCAAUGGGCAGCACUGAAGACCUGAAUUCAAAAGGAAGUCUCAAUAUGGACCAGGGGGAUGAUAAAAGCAAUGAACUUGUGAUGAGUUGUCCUUAUUUUCGUAAUGAGAUUGGUGGGGAAGGGGAGAGGAAGAUCAGCCUUUCCAAGUCUAAUUCAGGUUCCUUCAGUGGAUGUGAAAGUGCCUCGUUUGAGUCGACUCUGAGCUCUCACUGCACAAAUGCUGGAGUAGCAGUUCUGGAAGUUCCCAAGGAGAAUCUGAUUCUACAUCUAGACAGAGUAAAAAGAUACAUCGUUGAACAUGUAGACCUUGGUGCAUAUUAUUAUCGAAAAUUCUUCUAUCAGAAAGAACACUGGAACUAUUUUGGGGCAGAUGAGAACCUGGGUCCAGUAGCUGUGAGUAUAAGAAGAGAGAAGCCAGAGGAAAUCAAAGAAAACGGACCUCAGUACAACUAUCGGAUCAUAUUCAGAACCAGUGAGCUGAUGACAUUAAGAGGCUCUGUGCUGGAAGAUGCUAUCCCGUCAACUGCAAAGCAUUGCACAGCCAGGGGCCUUCCCCUGAAAGAAGUGCUGGAGUAUGUGGUUCCUGAGUUGAAUAUCCAUUGCCUAAGGCUGGCCUUCAACACUCCGAAAGUCACAGAGCAGCUUAUGAAGCUGGAUGAACAAGGGUUAAGUUACCAGCUUAAAGUGGGUAUCAUGUACUGUAAGGCCGGGCAAAGCACAGAAGAGGAAAUGUAUAAUAAUGAAGCAGCAGGUCCAGCCUUUGAAGAGUUCCUUCAGCUCUUGGGAGAACGAGUUCGACUCAAGGGAUUUGAAAAGUAUCGUGCUCAGCUGGAUACAAAGACUGAUUCAACAGGUACUCAUUCUUUAUACACAACAUACAAGGACUAUGAAAUCAUGUUCCAUGUUUCUACUAUGUUGCCAUACACUCCAAACAACAAGCAACAGCUUCUGAGAAAACGACAUAUUGGAAAUGAUAUUGUGACAAUAGUUUUCCAGGAACCUGGAGCACAACCAUUCAGCCCAAAGAACAUUCGAUCCCACUUCCAGCACGUCUUUGUCAUUGUAAGAGUGCACGGUCCCUGCACUGACAGCGUUUGUUACAGUGUUGCUGUGACAAGAUCCAGAGAUGUACCAUCCUUUGGACCACCUAUUCCGAAAGGAGUCACAUUUCCGAAGUCAAAUGUGUUCAGGGACUUCUUACUAGCCAAAGUCAUUAAUGCAGAGAAUGCUGCUCAUAAAUCAGAAAAGUUUCGUGCGAUGGCCACCAGGACCCGUCAAGAAUACUUGAAAGACUUGGCAGAGAAGAAUGUCACCAACACACCCAUUGACCCUUCUGGCAAGUUCCCCUUCAUCUCACUUGCUUCAAAAAAGAAAGAGAAGUCCAAGCCUUAUCCGGGAGCAGAGAUCUAUAGUUCUGGUGCUAUUGUAUGGAGUGUCCAUGCCAAGGAUUACAGCAAGGGUAUGGAAAUAGACUGUCUCCUGGGCAUCUCCAAUGAGUUUGUAGUCCUUAUUGAACAGGACACGAAAAGUGUGGUGUUCAACUGCUCCUGUAGAGAUGUGAUAGGGUGGACUUCAACGGACACAAACAUCAAAAUAUUCUAUGAGAGAGGUGAAUGUGUGUCAUUGGAGAGCUUCAUCAGCAACAUUGAUGAUAUCAAAGAGAUCGUCAAAAGGCUGGAGCUUGUGACUAAGGGCUGUGAAACAGUGGAGAUGACUCUGCGUAGGAAUGGUCUGGGUCAGCUUGGCUUCCACGUGAACUAUGAAGGCAUCGUGGCAGACGUGGAGCCCUACGGCUAUGCGUGGCAGGCAGGACUGCGGCAAGGCAGCCGGCUGGUGGAAAUCUGCAAGGUGGCUGUAGCCACUCUGAGCCACGAGCAAAUGAUUGAUCUGCUGAGAACAUCAGUAACAGUCAAGGUCGUCAUUGUCCCUCCGUAUGAGGACUGCACACCACGCAGGAGCUCUUCAGAAAACUACCGUAUGCCAGUGAUGGAAUACAAAGUGAAUGAAGGAAUGUCAUAUGAAUUCAAAUUUCCCUUCAGAAAUAAUAACAAGUGGCAACGAAAUGCAAGCAAAGGACAGGGUCCUCAUGUGACUCAGGUACCAUCCCAAAUACAAAGUCCAGUAACAUCUAGGAUUGGCUCUGGGAAAGAAGGGAAAAUGCCACCCCCAGAACGAGCAGCCAACAUCCCCCGAAGCAUCUCUAGUGAUGGGCGCCCAUUGGAGAGCCGGAGGUUGUCUCCCGGUUCUGAUGUGUAUGUCACAGUUUCAUCCAUUGCCUUGGCAAGAUCGCAGCAGUGCCGUAACUCUCCAAGCAACUUAUCGUCCUCAAGUGAGACUGGCUCUGGUGCGGGCACAUACAGACAAAAAUCUAUGCCAGAAGGGUUUGGAAUUAGCCGUAGAUCCCCUGCUUCCAUUGACAGGCAGAACACGCAAUCAGAUGCGGGUGGUAGCGGCAAAUCCACGCCCAGCUGGCAAAGAAGUGAGGAUAGUAUCGCUGACCAGAUGGAACCAACGUGCCAUCUCCCAGCAGUAUCAAAAGUCCUGCCAUCCUUCAGAGAAAGCCCCAGUGGAAGACUCAUGAGACAGGAUCCUGUGGUUCACCUGUCUCCAAAUAAGCAGGGUCAUUCUGACAGCCACUACUCCAGCCAUUCCAGCAGCAAUACUCUCUCCAGCAAUGCCUCCAGUGCUCACAGCGAUGAGAAAUGGUACGACAGUGGAGAGCGCACCGAAUCGGAGCUGAACAGCUACAACUACCUUCAAGGGACUUCAGCUGAUAGUGGCAUAGACACCACUUCCUACGGACCUAGCCACGGCAGCACUGCCUCCCUGGGAGCAGCAACAUCUCCCCGUACAGGGCUGACAAAGGAGAAGGUGGCACCGCUGUGGCAUAGCUCCAGCGAGGUGGUCUCCAUUGCAGACAGGACACUGGAAAAAGAGAGCCACAUAGACCGAAAGAGCGAGUCUUCACUGAGCCUGGAUAUUCACAGCAAGAGUCAACCAGCCUCCAAUCCUCUAACGAGGGAGAACAGUGCUUAUAGUCUAAGUGAUGCUGUCUCACAUACAAGUACCAUGAGCUCACGACACUCUGCCAGCCCAGUUGUUUUUACCAGUGCCAGAAGCUCCCCUAAAGAAGAGCUUCAUUCUGCUACUUCUCAGCUCGCACCUUCUUUCUCCUCCUCCUCUUCCUCCUCAUCUGGUCCUAGGACUUUCUACCCUCGCCAGGGUGCUACUAGCAAGUAUCUGAUCGGAUGGAAAAAGCCAGAAGGGACAAUAAACUCAGUGGGGUUUAUGGAUUCAAGAAAACGUCACCAGAGUGAUGGCAAUGAAAUGGCCCACCCUCGGCUGCGUGCUUCAGCAAGAGAUCUACGAGCAUCACCAAAACGAGCAUCCAAGUCCACUGUUGAAGAAGAGCUGAAGAAAUUGAUAGAUCUUGAGAGCCCAACACCUGAAUCCCAGAAGAAUUUUAAG